GUCUAUGAUCUUAGCCUGUUCCGGAAGGAACGAAUAAUUGAAAAAAAAAAAAAAAAAAAAAAAAAAAAUUGAAGUUACAAAAAGCAAUGGCAAAGUGUGUUUUGAGAAUGUAAAAUAAAUUUAUUUAUAAUUUAGAUUAAGAGAAUCCAAUGGAUAGAUACCCAAAUGUUGAGAAAAUUGGCGAAGGAACGUACGGUGUAGUUUACAAAGCAAAAGAUAUUGAAACUGGAAAAGAAAUAGCAUUAAAGAAGAUUAAACUUGAGAAUGAACCAGAAGGAGUGCCAUCGACGGCACUACGCGAAAUCUCUGUGCUGCGUGAACUACGGCAUCCGGCUGUGGUGGAACUGCUAGAUGUACUGCUCACAGAAAAUAAACUUUUCCUUGUGUUUGAAUUCCUGCACAUGGACCUCAAGAGGCUAAUGGACAUCUACAAAGGGCCUUUGCCGCAUGAUCUUGUCAAGAGUUACCUAGCACAGCUGUUGGACGGUAUCGCUUACUGCCACUCGAUGCGGGUGCUUCACCGCGACCUGAAGCCGCAGAACCUGCUGGUGGACGCGGAGGGGCGCGUGAAGCUCGCGGACUUCGGUCUGGCGCGCGCGUUCGGCAUCCCGGUGCGCGCGUACACGCACGAGGUGGUCACGCUCUGGUACCGCGCGCCCGAGAUCCUGCUCGGGUCCAAGUUCUACUCUACCGCCGUCGACGUCUGGAGUCUCGCUUGCAUAUACGCCGAGAUGGCGAGCGGGCGCACGCUGUUCCCGGGCGACAGCGAGAUAGACCAGCUGUUCCGCGUGUUCCGCGCGCUCGGCACGCCGGGCGCGGGCGUGUGGGCGGGCGCGCGGCGGCUGCCCGACUACCGCGCCUCGUUCCCGCGCUGGGCGCCGCGGCCCGCGCACGCGCUGCUGCCCGACCCGCUGCGGGCCGACCCGCACGCGCGCGCGCUCUUCGACGCCAUGCUGCAGUACGAGCCCAGCGAGCGCGUGCCCGCGCGGGCCGCCCGCCGCCACGCCUACCUGCGCGACGCGCACCUCGUGCGGCCCCGCGUCGAGCGCGCCUGACGCCGCCCGCCGCCACGCCUACCUAUACCCCGUGCGGCCCC